AUGUCCUCAGUAGCCAGUGCAUCUGUCGACGCCGGGCCCCGUCCCAUCGAUCCAAUUGUUCUCCAGAUUGGCGAGAAGAAGUUCUACACAACCAGGCAGACAAUCGCCGAGAGCUCCGUCCUCAGCUCCCUGGUUCAUCUCCGGGACCCGGACCCCGAGAAACCCUACUUCGUGGACGCCGAUCCCGCUCUCUUCGAGCACAUCCUCCGCUACCUGCGGACCGGCAUCUUCCCGCUCCUGCAUGACGUGGAAAAGGGCCACGACAUCCCGCUGUACCACGCCCUCCAGCACCAGGCCGAGUUCUACCAGAUCGAGAGGCUGGCCAACUGGAUCCUCGCCAGGGCGUACCUCGACGCCGUGUCGACCAAGACCUGGCCCAAGUCCGUCACCCUGCACGGCGAGCAGCAGCUGGCCCACAUCGACGAGAUGAUCAAGGCGGCGGGCAGGACGUUCAAGAUCCUCAGGAUCGACCAGUCCAGGGCCAAGGCCUUCCAGUGCCCGAACCGCAACUGGAGGCAUGACGGUCUGCGCAGCGUCUGCAUCAACUCCAGGUGUCUGCCCCCCCAGAGGGCCAGUUAUCCUCUUACGGUCGAGAUGCAGGUUUUUAAAGUUGACUUGGUCAUUCUUGAGGUCCGGAUACAUCAAGAGCUCGUUAUGCCCGUCAGUGAGCAGCCUGCUCUCCCACCACCGUAUCAAAACACCCAAUAG